AUGGUUUUUCACACUCAAAUAGCCUCCAUCAUGGAGGUUCUAGCGAAUGCAGCUGUGGCAGAGAUCUGUAAAGUCGUAGACGACGACUAUGCAGUGUUUCGUUUGGAAAUAACUCAAAACCAGAAAGAAAACAGGACAUUGCGGAGGAAACUACAGCUAUUGGAACUGAAGGUGGUACGGGAGCGCGCAGAGAGGACAAUUAGAGAGCGUGUCCGCGCCAGUCGUCCCAGUAGUGUCAAGAUCCUCGACCAAUACAGAGGAAUGGCAAGAGGUGAAGGUCAUCUCACUGGAGGCCACAUGAGCUUUGUGAAGCCAGCGGGACACAAUACAUGGAGAGAUGACCAACCAAUCACUGUUGAUGAGGGAAGUGGAUCUUCAACCCAGCAUGUUAUUGUGAUAGAGUCUGCAGAUGCAGAGGCUUCUGGUUCUGGAGGAUCAUCUCUGGUCAAACAGGACAGGACUGAAGGAGACGACCCACGGCACAGCAGAGAUAUGAAGCUGGAGACUGGAGCAGCGGCUGGCGUGGCGCCCCUUGUAGCCACGGAGGACCUCGCCACCAUGACCCAUCCAAGGACCCGACGCAGCAUCACGGAGGUCAAUGGAACGCUGGACGCUGUCCUCAAGUCAGAGACAGACACCAAGACUUUAACUGUAACACACAGGCUAUUACACACUAGAUCUGACCACAGGUCAGACCCAGAGAGACUGGGGCGGAGGCGACUGAGCUGUUCUCUUGCUCCCGGCUCAGAGUAUUUACUUUACGGUAACCCGAGCCCGAGGACGGUUCAUUCCCAUCGAGACUCAGGUUACGCGUUAGAGACGGGAAAUGAUCCGUCUUGUUCCUACACAACAGAGAUGGACCCUGACAACAUGCCCUUGGAUUUAGAAACACAGAUUGAUCAGUCUAGAGGGGACUGGAAUCGGUACAGUAGUAGUGUAUACUCUGAAGGGUGCCUAGAUAAGAAAGGGGAGGUUAUAGUGGUAGAUGAGGUGAAAGUGGAGGGCGACGCUCCUCUGACAUGGAAUGUAGACGAUACUCACUUAGGGGAAGGACACUCACAGGGCAGAGAUUUGUUAGAUUACAGGGAAAGCUUAGAGACAAAUCCAAGCAUCGAGACCCACUCCCCUUUACAUGCGCUUAGGGAUCGCGACCCAGUGUCCAAGUCGAUGGACCAUUCCGAUUCACACAUUCUUUUUGAUCAGGUUUUGAACUCAAAUGACCAAGGGGCCAAGGUUUUGGGAGGUGAAGCAAGCAGUAGUAAAGAGAAGCGGUUCCUCUGCAUGUUCUGUAACAAAGGCUUCAGCUGCCUCCAGAAGGUGGAGAUCCAUCAGAGGGUCCACACAGGGGUGAAACCCUUCAGCUGUACCCAGUGUCACAUGCGUUUCACCGAGGCUGGUAAACUGAAGAGGCACCAGAGGGUCCACACAGGGGAGAAACCCUUCAGCUGUACCCAGUGUCAGAUGCGCUUCGCCCAGGCUGGGCACCUGAAGAGGCACCAGAGGGUCCACACAGGGGAGAAACCCUACAGCUGCCCCCAGUGUCACAUGCGCUUCGCCCAGGCUAGCAACCUGAAGAUGCACCUGAAGGUCCACACGGGAGAACGGCCGUUUGCCUGUACACACUGCGGGAAGAAGUUCUCAGAGAGGAGCUACCUCAGGAUACACCAGCAGAAAAACCAUUCCACUCUGUAACAUAGAAAGUAACCAUUCCACUUGAUCGCUUCUGACAUGUAGAUCAAAUGCUGCAUUAAAGUCAAAGAUUCAUUUUCAUUGUUGUCAGCAGAAAAUAUCCGCAGAUGCAUUUUUAAAAAUGUAUUUUACCUUUAUUGAACUAGGCAAGUCAGUUAAGAACAAAUUCUUAUUUUCAAUGACGGCCUAGGAACAGUGGGUUAACUGCCUUGUUCAGGGGCAGAACGACAGAUUUGUACCUUGUCAGCUCGGGGUUUGAACUUGCAACCUCCCGGUUACUGGUCCAACACUCUAACCACUAGGCUACCCUGCCGCCCCAUUUGGAAUAACGAGUAAUACAGAGGGGUUGGGUUAAAUGCGGAAGACAUUUCAGUUGAAGGCAUUCAGUUGUACAACUGACUUGGUAUUCCCUUUCCAUAAUAUAUUUCAGUGUUGAAUAUUCCUGGGUUGAAUAAUGCAUCCAGGCAUUUUGUGAUCUACAAGCCUUAAAAGUCUGUUGUAUAUUGUGUUUGUACUGUGUAAGCGAUGUGUUUAUAAAUGCCUAUUUCAUUACUUCCAACUACUUCAUGAGAAAAUGAAUGCAGUUUUAUCAAGUUCAUACAUAUUUUUUGUUGACAUGCAUGUGUGGUUUUUAUAUGGAGUAUUUAACACUUAAAUACACGUAACCAUAUACAGUUUGAAAAUGGCAAGAGUUGGGCACUAAUAAGCAAACAUUGGAACGUGGUAGCUGUAUAACACUGAAUGGGUAAGCGCUGUAUGGGUUUUGACUGAGGGAAAUGCAGUAAAUUAAGAUGGCUCAAUGUUUAUGAUCACUAUGUUUGAUGUACAGUUACAAGAUGUCAUGUCGUCAUACCCUGGCUUCUUCUGAACAGACCGAGCCUGUUUGUUUAUUGUGAAGAAAACUCACUGCUGAACAUGCACCUGAAUGCACUCAUGACUCCCUUCGAUGCGCACCAAAAUUACGAUCCGUUUCUCUGAAUUACCUUGUGAAAGCCUAACAUUGUAAGAUCAUAUUUUAUAACUUAGCCAGUCAUGUUUGCAAUAGAACAAGCUUUCAGAUUAUGCCCACUUUACCCAGAUUGCGAUUUAUAAUGGACUGUUUUUGGAUUGCGUAAACGACAGUAAUUUGGUGGCGGGGAUGCAGGGUUGUGUUCUGAACAGAACAACUACACAUGUGUUUGCUUCCUCAACGGCACAGCUAUUUUCUACAUUGUAGAAUAAUAGUGAAGAUGUCAAAACUAUGAAAUAACACAUAUGGAAUCAUGUAGUAACCAAAAAAGUGUUAAAGAUUCUUCAAAGUAGCCACUCUUUGCAUUGAUGACAACUUUGCACAGCUUUGCAAUCGUUUUUUCACCUUAAGUAACCUAUCUUAUGUUACCAUACCAACAUAACAUAUCAUACUAAUUUGAGUGACCUGGAUUUACUUUAACUCUGUUAUGUCUGGUCUAUGAGGCCAGUCUGGAGAUUGAUACCAUUUCAAAGCUUACAAACAUGGUUGUCAAACUAUUUUAUAAUUUCUUGAAAAAAAGUUAUGAAAAUUGUAAUUUUCUUAAUCUUUAACGUCAAUUAUCUAAAAUGCGUAUAAACCAAUUUUUAAAAUUA